UCGCGCGCACCACGAGGGGGAACUUUUGCUCUUUAUAGGUAUAUAUUAUUAUACACAUACACGAGCACACAUUGUAUAGCCGCAGCAGUGUGCGCGUUUGAUUAUUUAUUUUCUGAAAGCCGCGGUCUGCCACCGGGAACUGGGAAGUGCGCGGAUGCCCCGAGGAAUAUGAGCAUCCCGGACAGGCUGCGUCAGUUCGACGCCUACCCCAAGACCCUCGAGGACUUCCGCGUUAAAACCUACGGCGGAGCUGUCGUGACGAUCAUCAGCUCCAUCAUCAUGAUCCUGCUAUUUCUGUCCGAAGUCAACGACUACUUGACUCCGAGUAUGAAGGAAGAGCUGUUCGUCGACACUUCCAGAGGCUCCAAGUUGAAAAUCAAUCUGGACAUUGUGAUUUCUUCCAUAGCUUGUGACAUGUUGUCGAUAGAUGCUAUGGACACGACAGGGGAGACGCAUUUAGAAAUACAGCAUAAUAUUUUCAAGAGGAGGUUGGAUCUUGAUGGAAAGCCUAUAGAAGAUCCUAAAAAGACAGGUAUUGCGGAUCCCAAGAAAACAACUGAAAAGCCAGCAGAAAAUGCAACUGCAAAAUGUGGCGACUGUUAUGGAGCUGCAAGCGAAGAGCUUGGUAUAAAAUGCUGUAAUACAUGUGAGGAGGUGAAAGAAGCGUACAGGAAAAGAAAAUGGGCUGUCCACGAUACUUCGAGGUUUGCACAAUGUAAAAAUGAUAAAUCAAGGGAAAUGACAUUUAAGGAAGGAUGUCAAAUAUAUGGUUUUAUGGAGGUAAACAGGGUAGGAGGAAGUUUUCACAUAGCACCCGGUGACAGCAUUACAAUAGAUCACCUGCAUGUACAUGACGUUCAACCAUACUCUUCAUCCCAAUUCAACUUAACUCACAGAAUUCGACACUUAAGCUUUGGAACAAAUAUUCCUGGGAAAACUAACCCCAUUGACAACACUACAGUAAUUGCCUCAGAAGGAGCAACGAUGUUCCACCAUUACAUAAAAAUAGUUCCUACUACGUUUAUGAGACUGGACGGAUCGAUUCUCCACACAAAUCAGUUUUCGCUCACCAAACAUUCCCGAAGUAUAAAGCAAUAUUCCGGAGAGUCGGGUAUGCCUGGACUCUUCUUCAGCUACGAGUUAAGCCCAUUGAUGGUGAAGUACACGCAAACCGUGAAAUCUCUCGGUCAUCUCAUGACGAACACGUGUGCUAUUAUAGGCGGCACUUUCACUGUUGCCAGUAUUAUAGAUGCUUUUCUGUAUCAUUCGGUGCGGGCAAUACAGAAAAAAAUGGAGCUGGGUAAACUCAGUUAAAAUUACCUAGUCAAAAUUAAAAUUUUUUUGAUAGUCAGACUUGUUUCUUGCGUCUCAUGGAUUGUUUUGUACAACGAAUCAAUGUAUUUUCAUUGUGCGAAAUAUCGACGAUAUAAAUUCAUACACUAUUCAUAGCACUUUGUAAAUAAGUGAAUCUCUAGAAUACGAAAACUUUCAAGCUUUUUGAAACGCCGUUUUUAUUUAUGUGAUACUUCGUCAAGUCUUCCAUUAACGAUUUCGUUAUAUUGCUGCACAUUUAUUUUUCAUUCGCGCGCGUUUCACGAAUUAUAUAAUUAAUUGGAAGAUGCAUUUAUAAUGGUAUUAUACAUAGAGAAGAUAAAUGUGAUUGUGAAAUUGUCCCAACCAAAUACGAAAAUACCUCAAGAGUUUUUAUAUGGGAAUAUAAGAUAUAAAAUAAACUAUUUCCAAAUGUAUAAUUUAAUUGCUUGAGUGUAUUUACAACAAAAUUUAUUUAUAUACAUAUGUAAAGCAACAAUAUUAUAUUAACGCGUUUUCAAAAAUAAAUUGUAUGUUUCUACUGCUGUUUUUGCUAUAUCUCUACAAAAUUCUUCAUCAGACCCAACUGCAAUUGAUUUUGGAGCAAUGUACCCUGGUUUCGUAGGAUCGUAUUGAACCUUAUUCAAUUCAACGAGAAAUUCGUGUCUAUUCUUUAUACGACUUUUGCGACAAGUUAAAGCAUCUGAUUGAGAAGCUAUCAUUAGAUGCGACAAUUUCAUGGUGUUAUGAAGAUAGUCAAAUGUGUCAACAAUUUUUUUUCGAGCUGAAAAUGUAUUAAAAUAUAAUGUAAAUAAAAUAAUGUAAUUAAUGAUAA